AACCCUCCCUCCCCCUCUUCGCCGCUCCCUUAUACACAUCUCCGUCUCUAGAUCUUCUACAAUAUGGGGAGCAUCGCCGAACUCCCAAAGGCAGACAAGGCCUGCGGUGUGGCUACGGUGCUGGCCAUCGGCACCGCGUCGCCGACGCACGUUGUCGACCAAAGCACCUACGCCGACAAGUACUUCAAGCUCACCGACUCCGAGCAUAUGAUCGGCCUCAAGGACAAGUUCAAAAGACUCUGUGAAAAAUCGAUGAUCAAGAAGAGGCACGUUUACAUGAAUGAAGAGAUAGCGGAGAAGCACCCCAACGUUAGGGCCUACAUGGCUCCCUCCCUGGAUGCUCGUCACGACUUCAUCAUCCCGGAAGUGCCCCGGCUGGGGAAGGAGGCCGCUGUGAAGGCCAUCGCGGAGUGGGGGCAGCCCGCCUCCAACAUCACCCACCUCAUCUUUUGCGCCACUGGCGGUGUUGACCUUCCCGGCGCUGACUUCCAUGUCUCCAGGAUGCUGGGCUUGCAGCCCUCGGUCAAGCGUUACAUGCUCUACCAGCAGGGCUGCUUUGCGGGAGGCACGGUGUUGCGGCUGGCGAAGGACCUAGCGGAGAACAACAAGGGUGCGAGGGUGCUCGUCAUAAACUCCGAGCUCAUAGCCCUGAUCGCUUUCCGUGGACCCAGCCUGACCCACCUCGACAACUUGGUGGGUCAAGCCAUGUUCGGCGAUGGUGCUGCUGCGCUCAUCGUGGGUGCUGACCCUGUCCCCACGCUCGAGAAACCCAUCUUCGAGAUCUCAUGGACGGGGCAGACCAUCCUGCCGGAGUGCAGCACUGCCAUAAGGGCCCACCUGCGGGAGAGUGGAAUGACCUUCCACCUUCGGCCGGAGGUGCCAGCGCUGAUAGCUGGCGGCCUGGACAAGAUCCUGGCCGAGGCAUUCGGCCCGCUAGGCAUCUCCGACUGGAACUCCAUCUUCUGGGUACCGCACCCAGGUGGCCCUGCCAUCUUGGACCAGGUGGAACAGACGCUGAGGCUGAAGGAAGAAAAGCUGAGCACCACAAGGGAGGUGCUCAACCAACAUGGCAACAUGUCUAGUGCCUCCGUGUUGUUCAUCCUGGACGAGAUGAGGAGGAAGUCGAAGAAGGAGGGGCUCGCCACCACUGGGGAAGGGCUUGACUACGGUGUCCUUUUCGGGUUUGGCCCCGGCAUCACCGUUGAGACCGUCGUCCUACGCAGCAUGCCAAUCGACGCUUAGCACUUAGCAGGAAGGUCUAUAUCUAAAUAUAUGCAGCGUGCAGUUCAAUAAUCUGCCAUUUCAUAUUCUUCCAAAGAAAUACUGUCUUGACGAAUCUAUAGCUGUCUUUGAGUGUUCUUGCUGCUGUAAGCUUGGCUUCUUUCUUAUGAAUAUCUCACAUGGGUUUAGUUGGUCGUGUAACUCUUUCCUUUGUAGAUAAGCUGGACAAAGGUGCACCGUUUGGUGCAUCCUCAUGAAUGAAUAAAAUCUGGGUUUCAUAUUUUA